CCUCGACCGUCGCUUCCGAAACAUUCUCACCGCCUCUCUCUCUCUCUCUCUCUCUCUCUCUCUCCUCCUCCCUCGCCCCCUCCAUCCCCCUCUCCGAUGGAGGGCUCCGACCCUCUCGUCCAUCGCCACCACUACAACCGCGGCGGCGGGGGCGGAGGUGGCGGGGGGUGGUGGUCGGAGGCGGAGCAGGGGCGGCGCGGCGAGCGGGGAUGCACGAGGGCGGUGGUGGCGCUCGAACUCGCAUGGAACCUCGCCUUCGCGGCGGCGUCGGCGGCGGCUCUCAUCGCCGCGGCGGAGGAGAGGCCGCCGACGCCGAUUAGGGCUUGGAUUUUCGGGUACGCGCUCCAGUGUUUGAUCCGCGUGGGGUUCGUGUGCUUCGAGUAUAGGAGGAGGAGGAGGAGGAGGAGGAUGUGGCCGAGGGGAAGGUGGUGGGAGCGUCUAGGGCAUGCGGAUGAUGAUGAUGAUGAUGAGGAUGAGGAAGAGGAUGGAUCGGAGGAUAAUUGCUUUGAAAUCAGAUCUGUGAAGAAACUGGAGACACUUAAUGCUUUGAUUUCUGCACUCUGGUGGAUGCUUGGAUUCUAUUGGAUUGUAGUUGGCGGGCAAGCACUUUUGCAUGACGCUCCUCAUCUCUACUGGUUAGCCGUGGUGUAUCUGGCGUUCGAUAUGUUUUUUGCGAUAUUUUGCAUAUUGCUGGUUUGUCUAAUCGGCAUAGCUCUGUGCUGUUGCUUCCCGUGUAUCUUAGUAUUUCUUGCAUCAGCUGUUGUGGGCCAUGGAGCAUCGGAUGCCGAUAUCAGCGCUAUUCCUAAGCGUCGGUUCUGUCGGGCUGAUACAACUCAGAACUUCAACAGUGAAGAGCAUUCGGUUGCGAUAGCAAUAGAAAAGCAGGAGCAUAUUGAUGAUCUUGCACUUCCUCCUGAGGAUUCGGAAUGCUGUAUUUGCCUCGCCAAGUAUGAAGAUGGAGUGGAGCUGCACCUGCUUCGCUGCAACCACCAUUUCCACACUGGGUGCGUAGUCAAAUGGCUUCGGAUCAACGCGACGUGCCCUCUCUGCAAAUACAACAUUCUCGAGGGCGACGAACUUGUCUAAGUACGUAACUUAUUCAUCUGCCUCAUUUUUUGAGCGGUCCUAUCUCAUCAACCAUCUCAAAGUUUUAUUACCGGCCUUAUUGAGCUAUUGAGAUUGAGAUAGAUACUGUAUAUUCUAUUCUUCUCCCCCUUUUGUGUUUUUUUUCCUUGGUCGAUGGUUCCAGCUGACAUUUUCUUGUCCCCCCCCUCCCCCUCUCUGAAACUAUACUUGAUUGUUUACUCAUUGAGCACUCAAACAUUUACGGAGAAAGAUAUUAGAAUGUAAACCUCAUUUCUCUUCAUCAGCUUAAGGGAAAGAUUGUGACAUCCAA